AUGGAUCGUUUUAACAUAACAUGUCUUCUGUUUCUACUGAUUAUAAUUAUAGACUCUCCAAAAACAUGUCACAGUUGGGGAUGGUUCUCUUCUUCAACAGAAAACACAGACUCUUCUUCUUCUUCUUCAUAUUUCUCUCGGUCUCACAAAUCCAACCCAGAGUUCUCCAUAGAAGUCUUCAGUGACCAGAAGGCGGUUCGAGUCCUCGAAGAAGCCAAAAACAAGCUUGUCGGUCCAAACAGCUGCUGGCAAAAUGCAUAUGGUUACCUCUUAUCUGGCUGCAGAGAAACAGUCGCCACAGAAGAAAAAAGGAAGAGAUUCGCUUGGUACUUAAGCGACUGCUUCCUCAAAGACUCAGGAAGACCAGCUUUUCCAACCUGCAACGAGCAAGCGACAAUGAUGAGUUGCCUCAAGAAGCUUGAUGAUCACGAGCACAAGAUCUAUCUCGAGUUCAUGCUUGAGACCAACACCAUCUGCCAACAGUUACAGAGUUAUGCAUUCAAGAAUGAAAUAGAGAGGCUAGUGAAUGAUUUGAAGACCUCAGCGCAAUACACAGAAGAUAAACUGGAUAUUCUUCAGGGUAAAGCUGAUGUUAUACUCCAGAGCUCAAACGCGAUUCAUGAGUCUUUAGGGUCGUUGGAUGUUCGUGUCCAAAACGUGGCGCACACGACAAACACCAUAGAGACUCAAGUGACUGGAGUGUCUCUACAAACCAGAGAGAUCUAUCAAGAACAGAAGAGCAUCACGGAGUCACAGUUGGCGUUAAGGGAAGGUCAAGAGAAGAUGGGAGAGACGAUGAAAGCUGGCAUGGAGAUGGUCAGUGACUCGGUUGAUAACGUCAAGGAAGGAGUGGAUAAGCUGAAGAACGACACGAAGCAGAUCCAAGGGAAGAUAAGCGUGCUUGGGAAAGUCAUGACAUCGAAGAUGAAAGCUUUGGAGAAUUCAACGAAUGUGAUAGGAACUAUGACUAAUAGUUCGUUGGAUAAGCAGCAGAAGCUUUUGGAUGGACAAUCUGUGGCUCUUGAUAAUCUCCAGUUUCUUACUAGGUUUCAGAGCGAGGCACUGCAAGAGAGUAGGACUACUUUGAAACGUUUAGCUGAGUUUAGUCAGGAGCAGCAAGAAGUUCUUGCGAAACGGCAAGAACAGCUUCAACAGGUUCAUGAUCAUCUGUUUGAGAACUCAAAAUCAAUGUUGGAAGCUCAGGAAGCGUUUGAGGCGAAACAAGCAAGCAUGUUUGUAGCUCUGGAUAAGCUGUUUGCUUUGCACAAUGCGAUGCUUCUUGAGUCUAGAGUGAUCAAAGCCUUCUUCAUCUACUUCUUGUCCAUCUUUGUCAUCUACAUGUUCACAAGCACAAAGCAGACUUAUACCAUAAGGCCAAGGCUUUAUAUAGCUUUGUGUGUUACCUUAGCAUUAGAAGUGGCGAGCCUGCGUUUCGUGAAUGAUUCAGAACGCAGAGCAUGGAUUAUAAGCCUUGUGAGGACUUUAUUUGCUGUUCUUGCUUCAGCUCAGCUUCUUCAUGCUGCUUUCACAUUCAGGGACUAUGAAAUGCUCAACCAUGAGAUCCUGCUAGGACUAGUUGACAAGGUUAACAACAUGCAUAGCAAGAGAGAGAUCUCGUGGGAUGAAGAUACAGAGAGCGAGUUGGAUUGGAAUUCUUGGAUUGAUACAGAUUUGACUGAUGAUGAUGACAAUCUUGGAGAUCCUGAUUACAAAAUCCCACCACAGAUCCAGGACAAUCUUGGUUUUACCUCAAUGGCCAAAAGAUUGUACAAUUUACGUCCAAGAUAG